AUGGCACUUGGUGCUCCUGAGGUCAAGAUGACUACGGGAGCAACAAUUCACACCACAGAAGGGUUGAAGAUGACAAUUAUCAGGAGAAUAAAACCUCCCAUAGUGCCCACAUUGGAGAUGCUGACAUUUGAAGUGGAUACAUCUGUAGGUGUUUCAAAAGGGGAUUCUUUAUCGGUUGCGGUUUCAUUGCGGUAA